AUGCCAUUGUACAAUUCGGUGAAGAACAAGGACUUCGAUCGAUUCGAAUUCCAAUUGAAGGAAAAGCUUGAAUUGGAAUUUCAAAAAUGUUUACCUACUCAACAUCACUCAAAUAUGUUCGAAAAUUUUACUAGAGCUCGAUACGAAAGAGAACAAAGCAAAUAUGAACUACAAAUUUUGAAACAACGCGUGGCAUCAAAUCGUCUACUAGAAUCAUUUCAUGUACCACCAAUUCAUCCACCACCAUCAACAAAUGGUAUCACCGAUCAAAAUAGUCGUUUAUAUAUUAUGCAACAAUACGAAAAAGUGAUUCAACAUAUCAAAUCGGAUAUGAUGUUUGUCUAUAUUAUGGCAGCUGAAACCAAAGCACGUGAAUGUCAAACGAAAUAUGAUAUAGAAAAGGUAAAAUUCCGAGAUAAUCAACAUACUGGUAUGGAAGAUGAUCGAUUAAGCAAAAGUAUGUGUGACAUUAUACAACGACGUGUCAAUAAUAUUGAUGAACGAAUAAAAACUGUCCAUGAUUUGAAAGCUCGUUUUUUCGCCAUUGCUCCGGCGGUAGUGACCAAGAAGACGAUGUGA